AAAUUUGAUAAAUUUAAUUUAUUUUCAAGAUUGUAGAUAACAAUUGGANUUGCAUAAUUAGAAAAUAUUGAUAGGAACAAAUAUACAAUUCACUAUUUUUACAAGAACAAAUUCUUUAAAAGAAUUUAGUAAUCAAAAUAGAAGAGAUUAAGUAAAACCUCCUCUAAUGAUUGAAUAAGCAAUUAAUUAAAUGGAAAGAUUUUAUUAAACAAAAUAAUAAACUGAAAAAAAAUCAUUAGUUUGGAAUUAUAAAAUAGGAUAGUCGACAAUAAAUUAUAAGUAAUUAUAAAAUAAAUUUUUAAUUUAGAUUUGGGCCAUCAGCAUAAUAAGUAGGAAAGAUUAUUGUAUCAAAUUUAUAACUCUUUAUUAUUAUUUACUUAAAGUAACAUGGAGGAAGAACAAAACCUGAAUUAUUAAAUGACACAGGUAUUAAUUAUGAAGAAGAGUUAACUUAACAAAUGGAGAAUCUAUUGGAUUCUAGAAUAAUUGUAGAGAAUCAAGGAAAAUUCUUUCUUCAAACUGAGUAAUCUAAAUUAAAAGUUUAAAUUGUUCCUAAUAGACCAUUAACUUUAUUACCUAAAAGAAUUGGAGAAAACUCAGAAGAUUAAAUAGUGUUAAAAAAAGAAAGAGAUCUUAAAAUUUAAUCAAGUAUUGUAAGAUUGAUGAAAACAAACAAAGAAAUGCUUUAUCCAUAAAUAUAUGGUGGAGUUUAAAGAGGAUUAUUAGGAUAUUACGAUUUUUCUUCACAUGAUAUUUUAGCUUAAAUUGAUGAAUUAAUCAACGCAAAUUAUAUCAAGAGGGAUGACAGAAUUAAUAAUAAGUUUCUAUACACACCUGUCUGA